AUGGCCGACAAUACCCACAAAAAGAUCAGAAAUGUACGAAAACGCUUGCAAGGAUGUCGAUUCUGGGUCAAAGGAUGGAUGACAAGUAGGGAGGCAUCCGCGAAUAAGGUUCAAACCUUGGAUUUGAGUGCAAAGAAGUGUUCGUUAUACCUCGUCGAUGAGGUACAACGGCUGCACAACGAUUUCGAGUCCAUGUACACCCUUUGGAAAGAACUUCAAGUUCCAGAAGACUUUGAGCGGGACAGGGAGGUAGCAGUUGAAUACCUCGAAUCCCGUGCUCGAAGAAACGCUGUGGUAAUGGCUCUUAAUGAGCUGAUACGAACCCACAAUGGUGCCUCCGAAUUGAAACGAGCGCUUGACGAUGCUAUCCGGUCCUCGAGAGGGGCAACAAAGCCCAAGGACAAAGACGAGAUGGCCAUUUUUAAUAAUGCAAAGACGACUUCGAUCAGCCUUCGUGCCUCUCUUGAUCUUGCUUUUCGUUUAUGCGAGGAGGCAAGAGACUUAUUUCUCGAUAAGGAAAAAAUUCUUCGAAGACAAUAUGUGGAGUUCUAUCAACGAUACGUUCAUCCUACGUGGAGUAUACAUCGCAUCAGUAUGCUUUUAUACAAGGAGUGCGAUUGUGAGGAUUGUGGGAAGGAGAGCUGGUGGCGUGUAGCUUUUAAUGGUCUGUAA